AUGGAUGUAGUUAAUGAUGAACCGAUAUUUACAGGGGAUGUACCAUCAAGAAUAACUGGUGUUAGUACUAGUAAUAUGGUAAUAAAUGGAGCAUCAUCAAGUACUUGUCAAGCAAUAGGAAGUUUCAGUAAUUCUGAUAAUUCAAGAAACACUUUCAUAAAAAGUGAAAUGUCUGAUCUUGGAUGCUUAUCCAAAUUAUGGAUUGUUUGUUCAAAGAAAACAUUAUCUUAUAAAUGUCCAGGCAAUACACAAUGCACAUUCAAAGCAUCAACAACAGAACUAAAUGCAUCUGAUAAGGCUAGUUAUAUUGAUCAAGAAAACUGUCCAUGUUCUGAAGCAGGGUCAGAAAUAUUUACCACAGGAUGUGAAACAAAUAUUCCAUCGAAUGUGUCAGGAAUAAUCAAGGAUAUGAAAGGGUCUAUUGAGACAUUGACUGUAGAUACUGAUGGAGUAGAGAUUGAAACAUCAAAUGUUUUGAGUAUUUCAACAAUGAGAAUAAGAGGAGUUAAUCAGUUUAAAGGAAGUCAAGCUAUUAAAGUAGAUAUUGUUGAUAUUUUCACGUCACUUCCUACAAGAGUAACGUUUGAUAAUCCAGUCAGUAUUUCAGCAACUCAAUUGAGUGGGUCAAGUGUCUUUUUCUUCUUUAAGAAUGAAGUUAGUAUUAUACUUGGAACAACAAAAGGACAAACAAUAAAAUCAGGAGCAUCAGUUUCAUUGAGUAGUACACUUAGUAAUGAUCAAAACAUAGAAGUAAUAACAACUGAAGAAAUGAAAGAAGCCGACUUAUUCAUAAGUAGUAACAAACAAGUUAAAUUAGGAGGAAGUCUUUAUUCAAAGACAUUAACAAUUACAAAUACUAAAGAAACAACAGAUGAAGAAGCUAUGUUUAUGAUACCAACAGGAAAAGAAUUUAAUGCAAAUAAAUUGAAAGUAGUUUCUAGUUAUCUAAAGAGUUACAAAAUAGUUGAAACAUCAGAUAUUAAUUAUGUUAAUAUUGGAGAAUAUUCAGAUGGAGUUUAUAUUGAUAAGUACAAGAGUUAUGCAACAUAUGGAACAAAAGGAAAAAGAAGUUCAGAUAUUAUAUGUUCAAUGAAAAAAGAAGGAAUACAAUCAGGAGUUAUUGCAUUUGAUGAUAAAAAUACAAACACAAGUUGGGAUAGAGCAGGAUGUUCAUGUGAUGGAGAGUCAUGUCAAGUUAAUAUGAUAAGUGAUAGUGAUUAUCGUAUGACCGGAAUUAAUUAUGAAUUUGUUAAGAGUAUUUUCAUAAAGAAUGGUAAUGAUUUAAAAACAUAUACUAGUGUAUUAGAAGGAGAUAAGAUUCAAGGAGAAAAUAUUGAAGUUGAUACAGGAAAUAUAGAAUUUAGAGUAGGAAAAAUUCAAAUGAAUAAAUUAACUAUUCAGAAAGAAUCUACUAUUUCAUUUAUUGGAAUAAACAAUACUAGUACAAUUGAAAAUAUUGUUUUAAUUAAACCAGGAACUACAUCUAUUUUAGUUAAAGAUGGAAUUACUCCAUUAACAUUAAAAAUCAACAAUGACAAUAAUACACUUAAUUCUAUUACAUUACAGAAUAGUCGUAGAGUAAUAAUAUCAAACACACAAACUACAAUUAAUUUAGGAGAAGUUAAUAUUGAGAAUAGUCAGUUAUAUCUUGAUAGUGGAAACUAUGAAUUUAAUGAAAAAACAAUCAAUUUCAUUGUUAACUCAAAUGACUUUAUGAUGGUUAUGGGACCAAGUACUCAAAUUAAUAGUAACAAUCGAGAAAUAAAAACAAUGAAUUUCAAUAUUAAAAUUGAAAAAGAAUUAGAAGGACCAAUAUACUUAUUAAGAACAUCUUAUCAAAACUUUAUUAGUAGGUUCGGAGUUAAAUUCAGAGUCACAUCCAAUAAUCGUCUUAAAGGAGAACCAACGAAUGCAAAAGACUCAAAAUAUGAACUAACACAGGUUUGUCGUAUUUAUGUUGCAUUAGUACCAAAAGGAUACACAAUAACAGAAUGUCCAAAAGAUCCAUGUGGAACAAAUGAAGCAG